AUGACUAUAACGCAUCGGUCACGGCCCGUCAAUGCCACUGUGACGAAUACAACUGCUGAGGGAUCGCAAAUCGACGACAAGGAGCCACCCAAAUACCAUUGCGAUGCGUGUAGCAACGAUGUUACCAACACUGUACGAAUCCGUUGUGCUGACGACGAUUGUCCUGAUUUCGAUCUGUGCGUGACAUGUUUCAGUGGAGGAGCCGAGCCCAUGAAGCACAAGACGUGGCAUCGCUAUCGCAUUGUCAAACCCCACACGUUCCCCAUUUUCACCGAGGAUUGGGAUGCUGAUGAAGAGUUACUCCUUAUUGAAGCAGCACGCAAGUAUGGUUUGGGCAACUGGCAAGCGAUAGCCGACUAUGUGGGUACGAAGGAUCGAUCCGAAUGUGAGCAACACUAUCUUGAUGUCUAUGUAUCAAGCCCUGACUGGCCGAUGCCACGCAUGGAUGUCAAGUUUGAUGAGCUUAGCGAGAGCGAAUGUCGUGAACGAAAGCGUCAUCGAUUACAGCAAUCACGUGGAAUGCUUCCUCGCGCCAAAGCAGUAGUGGCCAAUGCCAACAAACCAGUGACAAGUGGACCUGCAUAUCACGAGAUCCAAGGUUACAUGCCUCGUCGAUUUGAGUUCGAGACCGAAUAUGAAAAUGAUGCUGAGCAAUAUGUCAAGGACAUGGUGUUCAAUGACGAUGAUACCCAAGAGGAAAUUGAUCUCAAACUGAUGGUGUUGGAUAUCUACAAUUCACGCUUGGAUCGACGUGCAGAAAGGAAACGCCUUAUUUUUGAACGUGGAUGGCUCGAUUUCAAAAAGAUGCAGGCAGCUGAAAGAAGGAGGUCAAAGGAAGAACGAGAAGUCUACAACCGUACACGCGUCUUUUGUCGUUUGCAAACAGCUUCUGAUUAUGAAAUGUUGGUUCAAGGAUUGGUACGAGAACAGCAAUUACGGGAUAGGAUUUCUAUUUUGCAAGAGUGGCGAAAGGCUGGUCUGACAUCGCUACGACAAGGCGAACAGUAUGAAAAGGAUAAGCAAUCACGCCUUGCUCAACUCAAAACGCUUAUUCAGCUAUCGAAUGAUCGCAUGGGUGCUGCUGCAGUGACUCAACGCAAUACAUAUCGUGCACAAAUGGCAGCUCUUUCGGCAACUCCCAGUGGUGCCAACAUUUUCAGAGAGAGUGGACGAUCAAGUACACCUACACAAAGCAAUGGAUCACAUGUCAAUGCUUCUUCUUCAGCUACAGCAGCUGCAGCAGCAGGAGCAACAUCAGCAGCCAACACAGCAGCAGCAGCAGGAGCACGACGACCAGCAAAUCCUUUGGAUAUCAGUGAAGCGGAUGGUGUACACUUGUUGACGGAAGAGGAACAAACAUUGUGCUCAACCUUACGUAUUCUUCCUCGACCUUACAUGGUGAUCAAAGAUACGAUUUUGAAAGAAUAUGCCCGCCAAGGAUACUUGAAACGACGACAGGCUCGAGGUCUUAUCAAGAUUGAUGUCAACAAGACGAGUCGCAUUUACGAUUUCUUUAUUGAGAGUGGUUGGAUCAAAGCAUUCAAAGGACCUUCAUCAUCAAUACCAGCAGCCAACAAUCCAGCGACUAAUGCCACUACACAACCAACAACAACAUCCCAAUCAACUUUACAACAACAACAAAGUCCAUCGAUAUCAUCAUCACAACAACCAGCCACUGUACCUGCAUCAUCCACAUUGCCAUCAUCCACUACACCUGCAACUGUGCCUGAGGCACCUACUUCAUCCACUACAACAGCACCACAACCACCAGCUGCAACACCUACACAAGCGUCUCCAUAG